AUGCGGAACUUAAAAGGGCGGAAGGUCUUUCCUACAUAUUUAAUACCGCAGGAGCAUGUCAAGAGGAUACGCUUUAUGGGCAUAGAACUCCCGCCGUCCAAUGACGUGAGUCGUGGUAAGGUGGGUGUGGAUCAUGUUUGAUUGAUCCCCCCACCGUCCAAUGGCAUACGUCUCGUGGCUGGAACAAGGCUAGAGGGGCGUGAUGUUCUUACAUUGUUCAUCCACAUAGGUAGUCAGUAAGAGUUAGUUAGUAUUCUAGUUAUUUUGGUUUCUUAGGCAGGCUUUUUCAGUCUCCUUUUGGGCUUUAUAUGCAAGGGUAUUUUUAUUAGGACCCUAUUGCCCAUAGGAUUGAGCCUGCUUGUGAGAGGGGGAUUUUUCUUUUUCUUUGGAUUUUUAGUCCUAAGUUCUGCCUGUAUCUGGAAGCUGUGGGUGGUUUAGGGUGGAGUAGGGGUUACUCUGUCACUAAUUUUGUUCCUCUACCCCCUUCAUCCUUUUUGCCCAUUAUUACAUGGCAUUUUUCCUUCCCCCCCCCCCACCUCUUCUAUGACUCCAUUUACCUCUAGAUACUAUAUUUCCUUUUUUCUGUACCAGAGCUACCCCUUUUGGGAUCCCCCUGUUCCAGGGGUCUCCUUUAUUGUAUGUAUUUAUUUUCAUUUUGGGUUACCCCCUAUUUUGUAGCUCUGAAGUAGGCUAUCAGGACCGACCCCACAGCCUCGCAAUUAUUUGCAACGCUGUGGUGGUAUCCUGUAUUUCUUAUUUCUCCUUUUACAUUAAUGAUUUACUAGGUUUUCUCUGCGAAGAAUCUUGUGGUGCUAAUAAAGCAGUUUCUGGCAAAGUGGGAAAAGAGGUCAUCCUAGCCGUGAAUCACAGUGACAUCAUAGACAUCAGCUGGUUAAUCGUCAAAGGCAACAUCCAUUUUGCUACCACAAAACCAAAUUUAAGCAUUGACAUUCGAGACAAACAAUAUGACGGUCGACUGUCUGCACUUGAAUAUGGUUCUUUAAAAUUUAGCAGCCUAACUAAGGAAGACGAAGGUGAAUAUAAAGCAGAUAUUAGGUAUGCAGAAGAGAAACAUUGUGGCCAGCGCUAUGUACUCCAAGUUUCCGGUAAGUUUCUCUCACUAAUACAGGGGUGCCCAAAAGGUAGAUCUCCAGAUGUUGUAAAACUACAGCUUCCAUGAUGCUAUAUCAUUCUAAAUCAUUCUAAAGGCAUACAAAUAAUAAUGGGUGUUGUAGUUCUACAGCAUAUGGGAAUCUACCUUUUGGUCACCCCUGAAUUAAUAUGUACAUCUUAUGGAAAUGAUGAGUGGGACUAACCUCUGAUAUGACCAUUAUGACUUUAGAAGGCAAUAAGAAAACAUGAAUAAUAAAACAGGUUUCUUGUACUUUCAGAAGAAUAUCUUUCGAUAAUACAUAAAUAUCCACUGUUCCCAGUUAAUUGAUCGUCCUAGGGGAUGAACGUGUUUUGAAUAACAAUGUUUUUUUUAGAGUUAGGAUUUUUUAUCAUCUCUAAAACAACAUCCUGGAUAUUCUUGGGUCAAUGAUUGUGGUAAAGAUUUUUGGGAUAAGAGUUGUGGAGGGGGGGGAAGAAAUUGGUAGUGGAGGGGGGAGAAGAAAUGGGGAGGGUGGGAGAAAAAUCUGCAAAAAUCCUUGCACCGGCCCUGUGUGUGUGUAUAGGUGAUGUAGUGUGUUUUUAGGGGUGUAGUAUGUGUUUGCUUACAAGGAAUCUAGUGUGUGUAUAGGGGAUCCAGAGUGUGUAUGUUAAGAGUGUAGUGUGUGUUUGUAUAUAUAUAUUUGGAAGUAUUGUGUAUGUGUGGUGUGGUGCAGUGUGUUGGGGGGGUUCUGUGUGUAUGUGAGGGGUGCAGUGUGUGAUGUGUGUGAGUGCUGUGUGUGGUGUGAGAGUGUGCUGUGUGAGAGUGUGCUGUGUGAGAGAGUGCUGUGUGUGAUGUGUAUGAUGUGUGUGUGAGAGUGCUGUGUGUGAGAGUGUUGUGAGUGCUGUGUGUGAGAGUGUUGUGAGUGCUGUGUGUGAGAGUGCGGUGUGUGAUGUGUGUGAGUGUGCUGUGUGAGAGUGUGCUGUGUGAGAGUGUGCUGUGUGAGAGUGUGCUGUGUGUGAUGUCACACAAUCAACACAGUAAAGGAGGAGACUAUAUUUAAAAGAAGAGAAACUACCACAACAAGAGGACAUAGUCUUAAAUUAGAGGGACAAAGGUUUAAAAAUAAUAUCAGGAAGUAUUACUUUACUGAGAGGGUAGUGGAUGCAUGGAAUAGCCUUCCAGCUGAAGUGGUAGAGGUUAACACAGUAAAGGAGUUUAAGUAUGCAUGGGAUAGGCAUAAGGCUAUCCUAACUAUAAGAUAAGGCUAGGGACUAAUGAAAGUUUUUAGAAAAUUGGGCAGACUAGAUGGGCCGAAUGGUUCUUAUCUGCCGUCACAUUCUAUGUUUCUAUGUUUCUAUGUUUCUAUGUGUGUGAGUGCGCUGUGUGAGAGAGUGUUGUGAGUGCUGUGUGAGAGUGUGCUGUGUGUGAGAGUGCUGUGUGAGAGGGUGCUGUGUGUGUGAGUGUGCGAGAGUGUUGUGUGUGAGAGUGCUGUGUGUGAUGUGUAUGAUGUGUGUGAGAGUGCUGUGUGAGAGAGGGCGGUGUGUGAUGUGUAUGAUGUGUGUGAGAGUGCUGUGUGUGAGAGUGCUGUGAGUGCUGUGUGAGAGUGUGCUGUGUGUGAGAGUGCUGUUUGAGAGGGUGCUGUGUGAGAGGGUGCUGUGUGAGAGGGUGCUGUGUGUGAUGUGUAUGAUGUGUGUGAGAGUGCUGUGUGAGAGAGGGCUGUGUGUGAUGUGUAUGAUGUGUGUGAGAGUGCUGUGUGUGAGAGUGCUGUGAGUGCUGUGUGAGAGUGUGCUGUGAGUGCUGUGAGAGAGUGUGCUGUGUGUGAGAGUGUGCUGUGUGAGAGAGUGUGCUGUGAGAGAGAGUGUGCUGUGAGAGAGAGUGUGCUGUGUGAGAGAGUGCUGUGUGAGAGAGUGCUGUGUGUGAUGGGUGUGAGAGAGCUGUGUGAGAGAGUGCUGUGUGUGAUGCAGUGGUGUAUCCUGGUUUUGUGCUGCCCUAGGCAGGACAAAACUCAGGCACCCCCUCCCCCCGCACUCCCCCGCCCAACCCUCCCCCCCUUCUAAAUACACAGUCAGACACAAACACACACACACAGUCAGACACAUACACAAACACACACACACACACAGUCAGACACAUACACAAACACACACACAGUCAGAGACACACACAGUCAGACACAAACACACACGCACACUCACAAACACACAAACACAGACACAAACACACACAGUCAGACACAAACACACACACACACAGUCAGACACAAACACAGACAGACACAAACACAGACAGACACAAACACAGACAGACACAAACACAGACAGACACAAACACACACACACACACACAGUCAGACACAUACACACACACAGUCAUACACAUACACAGACACAAACAGUCACACACACACAAACACAGUCAGACACAAACACACACACACACACAUUAACUUUUUUUUUUAAAUUUAAAUCCCCCCCCAACCUCCUUACCUUUGGGAGUGCUGGGGGGGUCUCUCUCCCUGGUGGUCCGGUGGAGGAGUCUGGGAGUGGCAGGGAGGAGCUGGAGUGAGUUAUCUCCUAUGAGUGACUGCUCAGUUCUCGCGCAGCCGGCUGCAGAGUGAGGCUGGGAGCCGGAAUAGGACGUCAUCUUCCGGCUCCCAGCCUCACUCUGCGGCGCGCGAGGGAGCUGAGCACACAACUCAUAGGAAGUGCUCCCUCGCCAGCCGCCCGCCUGCCAACGCCGCCCGCCCGCUCGGGAUGUCUGUUAGCCGCAAGGCUAACUAGGCAUUUGCCCUGGGCAUUUGGGGGGGCGGCGUUUUUUGUCGCCCCCUGAAAAAUGCCGCCCAAGGCAAAUGCCUUGUUUGCCUCGCGGCUAAUACGCCCCUGGUGUGAUGUGUAUGAUGUGUGAGAGAGGGCUGUGUGAGAGAGGGCUGUGUGAGAGAGGGCUGUGUGAGAGAGGGCUGUGUGAGAGAGUGCUGUGUGAGAGAGUGCUGUGUGAGAGUGUGCUGUGUGAGAGUGUGCGCUGUGUGAGAGUGUGCGCUGUGUGAGAGUGUGCGCUGUGUGAGAGUGUGCUGUGUGAGAGUGCUGUAUAAAUGUUAGAAUGGAUUGUGUGUAUGUGUAGGGGGUGGGUAAACAAACAAAUAAAAUAACAGGCCCCCUCCCUUCUUACCUUUAGCCUGGGAAGGGGGGACCGACACGCUGGUCCCUGGGACUGGGAGGCGGGGCCGGCGCUCGGAUAGUGCCGGCCCUGCAUAGACUGGCAGGGGAGAUCCUGGGACUUCCCCUGCCGGCCUCGGCCCAUAGCCACCGCAGCCCACCGGGCAUUUGCCCGGUGUGCCCGAUGGCCAGUCCGAGCCUGUUAGAUAGAUAUAUAGAUUGUUAGAUAAAUAGAUUGUUAGAUAGAUAGAUAGAUAGAUUGUUAGAUAGAUAGAUAGAUUGUUAGAUAGAUAGAUUGUUAGAUAGAUAGAUAGGCAGAUAUAUAAAUAGAUUGUUAGAUAGAUUGAUAGAUAGAUAGAUAGAUAAUCACCAUGUUGAAAUAUUAAAUUACAUUUAAUAAUUGAAUUAUUAAACUGUGUUUUGCAUUUUUACCAUUCAGAUGUAAUAAUACAUAAGUCUAUAUAAUAGUGACAUGUUUGAAUAGUAAACGGAAAAAAAAGGAUUUUAUUUAUUUCUUUGUUGAGUUUCUUAUACAAGGAAAACGCAUAACUAAUGCUCCAACAGUUGUACAUUAAAUUGCAUUGUGUUCACUUAUUUGAUUUAUAUUACAGCACUCCUCCUACCUGAAUUAUUUUAAAUGUAAAUUUACUGAAAAGUGAGUUCUUGUGGUUUUACAGUUGAUACCUAGGUUGAUUGUCAAAGAUGCCAAAUAUAAGCAUAAUUGCUCCUUCUUCUAAUAGAUGAAUUCAGUCUACUUAGUCUAAGAUAUUUCUUAUAUUAUCAAAUAAUUGUCUCCGGUUGAAAUUUUUGAAUAAGCUUUCCAAAUGAUUUAAUAUUUUUGGAUAAACUAUUGAGAUUUAUUUUUCUAAAUAAUAAAAUAUCAAUAUAUAUAUAUAUUAAAAUAGUUUUCACAAUGUCAAAUUAUUUUAAUAGUUUAUCCAAGCAUGUUAGAAUAUUUGAAAAGCUAAUCUAAAAAUAUUAGAUUGAGGGUAAUGCAAGCAACCAACGAGAUAAACAAUAAGUGAUGUUUUAAUAAUAUUUAUUGUUAAAUUGUCCUGACUAUUCUCUUUAUUUUAUUGGUUUCUAACUUAGUAUGUGGGUAACAGACGUAAACAGAUACGCUAUAAAGAAAGUCAUUUGUUUAAAUUUCAAGAGUGAUUAAAAUCUGUGUUAAUGAUUUACUAGGUUUUCUCUGCAAAGAAUCUCGUGGUGCUAAUAUAACAGUUUCUGGCAAAGUGGGAAAAGAGGUCAUCCUAGCCGUGAAUCACAGUGACAUCAUAGACAUCAGCUGGUUAAUCGUCAAAGGCAACAUCCAUUUUGCUACCACAAAACCAAAUUUAAGCAUUGACAUUCGAGACAAACAAUAUGACGGUCGACUGUCUGCACUUGAAUAUGGUUCUUUAAAAUUUAGCAGCCUAACUAAGGAAGACGAAGGUGAAUAUAAAGCAGAUAUUAGGUAUGCAGAAGAGAAACAUUGUGGCCAGCGCUAUGUACUCCAAGUUUCCGGUAAGUUUCUCUCACUAAUACAGGGGUGCCCAAAAGGUAGAUCUCCAGAUGUUGUAAAACUACAGCUUCCAUGAUGCUAUAUCAUUCUAAAUCAUUCUAAAGGCAUACAAAUAAUAAUGGGUGUUGUAGUUCUACAGCAUAUGGGAAUCUACCUUUUGGUCACCCCUGAAUUAAUAUGUACAUCUUAUGGAAAUGAUGAGUGGGACUAACCUCUGAUAUGACCAUUAUGACUUUAGAAGACAAUAAGAAAACAUGAAUAAUAAAACAGGUUCCUUGUACUUUCAGAAGAAUAUCUUUCGAUAAUACAUAAAUAUCCACUGUUCCCAGUUAAUUGAUCGUCCUAGGGGAUGAACGUGUUUUGAAUAACAAUGUUUUUUUUAGAGUUAGGAUUUUUUAUCAUCUCUAAAACAACAUCCUGGAUAUUCUUGGGUCAAUGAUUGUGGUAAAAAUUUUUGGGAUAAGAGUUGUGAAUGUUCGAUAAUGAAAGGGGCAGAUACCAGGAAUUUGGGAUCAGAGGGUUUUCUGGAGAGUAUGGUCUCUAAUAAUGUGGGCUGAAAGUCUUUCCACUAAAUCUGGGUGGUAACAUAUUUGCUAUCACUUCUUUCCCUGGAGGUAAAACCAUAUUAACCCUGAGUAACGUAUCUGAAUUUGAUAACAAUCAUAGCAAUGCUUGGAUAUAUCUAUCUUUUUGCCAUUUUCUCAUCCUGAUCGCUAGAUGAAUUGUAUAAUAAUAUUUCAUAUGGAUACUUUUUAUUUAAGCCAACCACUUACAAAGCAGCGGCUUUCUUGUAUAUACUAGACCUGACCAGAAGUUGGGUGAAGCCCCCAUUCCCCCCCAAAAAUGUUUGUUGCAUAAAAAGAGUUAUGUGAUAAACUUAAACUGUACGAUAGCUGCUUGAAGUAUAUUGUCAGCGAGCAAUGAAAUGAUUUCUAUCUUAUACUAUAAAUAUGGAUUUAUUACAUAAUCAGUCCACACUACUAAAUUACACACACACAUAUAUAUCUAUAUAGUGUAGAUUGGAUUAGCCGAAUUAGUCCAGUAGACAAGAUGCCAAAAUCCCAGAGUAUUGCAGUUUGCAAUGAUACCUUUAUUAUUGGACUAACAUAAUAUUUCAAAGACAAGCUUUCGAGAGCUUUCCUCUCUUCCUCAGGUCUGAAGCAAUACUGAUCAAUCUGAUAGAGUUUAACACUUAAUACAACUGAUGUUAGAGAAGGGGAGAGAGUUUAUUUACUCUGUUUAUUCACGUUUUCUGGCUAUUCUCAACCAAGCUGAACCUUUCACUUUCAGGAACCUUUCACUUUCAGGCUUCGGCUAUUUAUGACACCCCACUCACCCUCCCUUCCUUCCUCUCUCUAACAUCAGUUGUAUUAAGUGUUAAACUCGAUCAGAUUGAUCAGUAUUGCUUCAGACCUGAGGAAGAGAGGAAAGCUCUCGAAAGCUUGUCUUUGAAAUAUUAUGUUAGUCCAGUAAUAAAGGUAUCAUUGCAAACUGCAAUACUCUGGGAUUUUGGCAUCUUAUAUAUAUAUAUAUAUUAAAAAAAAAAACCAGAUAAAAUGCAUAUCUUGUAAUACCUUUUUUAUUGGACUAAGAGAAUUUUUUAAUGACAAGCUUUCGGGAGAACCUCCCUUUCUCAAGUCUGAAGCAUAUAUCAUAUGUACCAACACUUUAAAAUGCAUUCCUAUAUGUUUAUUCUAUCUAUAUACAAAGUACUAUGUAUAGACCUAUGCUUUCUCAUACUCGUAUGCAUGUAUGCUUAUAUAUAUUACUAUGCGUUUAUAUUUGUUCAUGUGCAUGUAUGUAUAUGUGUUUAUGUAUAUGUACAUGUGUUUAUGCGUUCACAUAUACAUAUUUAUGUGUGUGUGCAUGUAUAAAGUGUACCAUCCUCUGCACUGUCUGCUUGUUUGUUUUUCUUUUCCCCCUCUACUCUGCUCUUCAAAAAGAUAUUUAUGACCCUCUGCAAAAAAUGGUGUCUAUUUUCUAACAAACCUGUGUUUUAUCUACACUCAUGUCGCUUUAGCCCCUGUAUCACAACUCAACUUUGAAUUCUAUGUGUCGUCUUGCUCAGAAAUGCUUCAGACUUGAGAAAGGGAGGUUCUCCUGAAAGCUUGUCAUUAAAAAAUUAUGUUAGUCCAAUAAAAAAGGUAUUACAAGAUAUGAAUUUUAUCUGUUUUUUACAUCUACAUCACUGGACUAAUACGGCUACAAUCUCUACAUAUAUAUAUAUAUAUAUAUAUAUAUACAUAUAUAUAUAUAUACACACUGCUCAAAAAAAUAAAGGGAACACUAGAUGGGCCGAAUGGUUCUUAUCUGCCGUCACAUUCUAUGUUUCUAUGUUUAAACAACACAAUGUAACUCCAAGUCAAUCACACUUCUGUGAAAUCAAACUGUCCACUUAGGAAGCAACACUGAGUGACAAUCAAUUUCACAUGCUGUUGUGCAAAUGGGAUAGACAACAGGUGGACAUUAUAGGCAAUUAGCAAGACACCCUCAAUAAAGGAGUGGUUCUGCAGGUGGUGACCACAGACGACUUUUCAGUUCCUAUGCUUCCUGGCUGAUGUUUUGGUCACUUUUGAAUGCUGGCGGUGCUUUCACUCUUGUGGUGGCAUGAGAUGUAGUCUACAACCCACACAAGUGGCUCAGGUAGUGCAGCUCAUCCAGGAUGGAACAUCAAUGCGAGCUGUGGCAAGAAGGUUUGCUGUGUCUGUCAGCGUACUGUCCAGGGCAUGGAGGCGCUACCAGGAGACAGGCCAGUACAUUAGGAAACGUGGAGGAGGCCGUAGGAGGGCAACAACCCAGCAGCAGGACCGCUACCUCUGCCUUUGUGCAAGGAGGAACAGGAGGAGCACUGCCAGAACCCUGCAAAAUGAGCUCCAGCAGGCCACAAAUGUGCAUGUCUCUGCUUAAACGGUCAGAAACAGACUCCAUGAGGGCCCGACAUCCACAGGUGGGGGUUGUGCUUACAGCCCAACACCGUGCAGGACAUUUGGCAUUUGCGAGAUAACACCAAGAUUGGCAAAUUCACCACUGGCGCCCUGUGCUCUUCACAGAUGAAAGCAGGUUCACACUGAGCACAUGUGACAGAUGUGACAGAGUCUGGAGACGCCGUGGAGAAUGCUCUGCUGCCUGCAACAUCCUCCAGCAUGACCGGUUUGGCAGUGGGUCAGUAAUGGUGUUGGGUGGCAUUUCUUUGGGUAGCCUUCAUGUGCUUGUCAGAGAUAGCCUGACUGCCAUUAGGUACCGAGAUGAGAUCCUCAGACCCCUUGUGAGACCAUAUGCUGGUGCGCUUGGCCCUAGGUUCCUCCUAAUGCAAGACAAUGCUAGACCUCAUGUGGCUGGAGUGUGUCAGCAUGCCUGCAUAUGCCAAGGAAGUUACACUUUAGUAAUGUGUUGCUUUUCUAGCAAAGCAAUACACAAUGACCUACCUGGGAUAAAGUAUAUAUAUAGUGUCUGAGAUGAAAGUUGGUUGUGGUGUGCCGAAAACCAACGUACGAGUGGGCCUGUAAAUAAAAGAGGGCCCACCAAGGAGAGUUGUAAUGCUAUGAGGGUGAAGGUGGGUGGGGACAAUCAACUUGAACGGCAGAGGUGAGUAGGGGCUGGGAGUUUAACUAGGGGACUUACUCCUCCCACAAAUUCAGGCCUAAUGGCCUUUCUACUUGUGCUCAGAAUUUAAUACGUAAUGGAUAGUGUCUGAGAUGAAAGUUGGUUGUGGUGUGCCGAAACCAACGUACGAGUGGGCCUGUAAAUAAAAGAGGGCAAAAGAGAAGUUCAAGGAAAACACACUUUAUUGCAUUUAGUACAUAACCAAAUUCCUGAAGGCUUGGCAAAGCUCUCUUUCUGGUCGUGGUAUGUACGUAUGGUAUAUGGAGGAUUUCCAUCGACCCAGUCUCUUGAUGAUGUCGACCAGAGUGUUUGUACUAGGGGCUAAUUAAGAGGCUCCUAUGCGGAAGGAGUGACCGGAGAACGAAGCUGGGUUGUAAUCCAGUUUUGCCAGUAAGGUUCUGAUGUGCGUCGUGAAUUUAACAGUGGUUAAAUUCACGACGCAGUGAAUUUACGUGGUGGUAAGUGGAACAGAAACCUUUGAGAUACCCUUUAAGACUUUCUUGAUGGGGUAUGAUGACAAAAAGGGCUUAGGGAAAUUAGUGAGACUGUGGUGCUGAACCCCUGUGAGGUAUAGUUUAAUGGUAUUGUGAGAAAGUUUUAAAUGUAAGUGGCAGAAUGAGGCAAAAGCCACCAUAGUUUGAGUAGAAAAAUCACCUUGUAAUCCAAAAUUUGCUGUGAACUUAUUAAAAAUGGUAAGUGCCCUACUGUAGGUGACAGCUGUGUUAGGUGAUAGUGCUUGGUGUGUGAGAGACCUAGCGUGGUGCAUUAAUGCGUUCAAUCCAGGAUUCGUUUGUGAAACCGCGGUGUCUUGGCCAGUACCAGCGAAGUGGCGACAGAAUAAUUCAGUAUCCAUCUGACACCAGUUAAUUCUAAUAUUAAACUGCUUCAGAUGGGUGGCCGCCUUCGCUGAUACUGAUUUAUGGUAAUCAUAAAAAGAUGAUCCCCCGUACUUGAUGCCCAAAUCCACCACUUUAUGAAGAUAGAGGUCUAGUUCCUCUCUCCUGUGGGGAUAUACCGAGUAAAUGACUUUGCGGUAUAUCCCAAAGGCUAUUACGAACUGCGGUAUUGAUAAUUUUUUAUUAAGCCUAGGAUCUCUGGUUUUAAGCACCACUGAGAUAUCCCAGUAGUUAUAUGCCCGGUUCUCCAGCACAUCUUGAGAGGCAAUAAGUAGUAACACCAGACACACAUCCUUCCCGUCUAGGAUUUCUUUCCUAAUGGAGUCUGGGAUGGAGUGCGCUGGUGACACAAAAGGUGACAUAACUGUGGCUGGUGCGGGAGGGGGAUGUAUAGGGGAGUGUGGUGUUGUAGCAGAGACUGACGGGGUGGGGGCUGAGAGGUCAGGGAGGUUACCUGGGGAGGUGAUGACAUUCUCCACCUUAGAUAACCUGUUGUUCAGUGUCUGCAGGCUGGCCAGGAUAGUUGCAAGGGUGUCCUGAGUGGAUGUUGGAGCUAUGGAUAAAGCCAUCAUACAAUUAUUAAAAAUUAGAAGUGGUUAUAACAGUAUAUAUUAAUUAACAAAUUCCGUUUGUGACAAGUUUAGAGUGAAGGCAGCCUGAGGCCUUGACAUGAUUGAAACUGAAGUGAGUAAAUACCAUACCUGGAUUUGCAAAUAAAAAAAUUAGAAUUUGACAACUUUGUGCAGUAAAACAAGACAAACAGACAAUCUGUGGAGACCAAAGAAAUGUAACAGAGGCUAAGAUUAAUGUCUGCGUAAGCUAAAGAGAAAUAGAGAAAAAUAUGAAAUGUAGGGUUUGAAAAUUCCCCCAGAGGACCGUGCUAUAUAUUAAUAUAUAUGUUCUGUGAUGGCGUAAAAACUCCGCCAAAGUAGUUGGGUGUCAGAAGAAUUAAUUAUGUAACACAACUAAAACACAGAGGGUCAACUCCAAAAGGCCUUGGAAUAAAUAACCGAGUACUGAGAUAAAGUGUCAUACAUCUGAGGAUCUUAUAUUUAAACAUAAUUAAAUGAAACCAAGAACCACAGACAUAGUAGUAAAUGGUUGCAGUAAUAAACAGAUUUUUUUAACUAACUCCGACCGAUUUAAUACAAACAGUUAAGUAACCGUUUGUAUUAAGUUUGGAUGAACAAAAAGCUGAUAUUUGCACGAACAGGGGUUGGCAGUUUUGACCGCAUGGGGGACCCACUGAAGCUAAGUAUCAUCUGCAUUCGACUAAUUCUGCACGAAUAAAAGUAGUGCAUGAACGGGUAAGUAUGCGAGGGAUGAACAGAAAAUUGCAUGAAUCGCUAAGUGAACAAAUGGGUAAGUAUACAUGUACAUAGUUUGUUUGUAUGAAAGAACGGUAUACAAGAAGUUAACUAAAUUUACACCAUAGUUUACACGAACAAAGGUCGUCAGUUUAGAUGGCACGAAGGACCCACGAAACUUAAGUAUAGCCAGCGUUUGACUAAUUUAGUCGCACGAACCGCGGAAGUGCACGAACAGGUAAGUAUGCACGAACAGGUAAUGUAUAAGUAAAAGGGAGCCUACCCCUAAGUUUUUAGGCCCGAACGGAAGGAAAUAGCCGAAAGUUAUUUCCCUCACAAGCUUACGUGAGCAUGCCGGUCUCGUGACCGGAAGCCAGAUACCGCGACCGGGGAGAAGCCGGGUGGCAGGGCUGCAGAACGGACGGAGGAUUCAGCUGGACACCUCUACUGCUGGAGACUGGAGCUGUUUGGCGGGAAGCUCGGACUGGAAGUGCUGGUUGCUAUGGAGAUAGACAGCGGACAAUCAACUUGAACGUCAGAGGUGAGUAGGGGCUGUGAGUUUAAGUAGGGGACUUACUCCUCCCGCAAAUUCAGGCCUAAUGGCCUUUCUAUAUAUAUAUAUAUAUAUAUAUAUAUAUAUAUAUUAAAAUUGAAAAAUAUUAGACUUUCAUCAGGACCUCAGGUAGGACUGAAACGUCGACCGGCUAUUUAACUGUUUUUUUCCCCACACAGUAUAGUGGAUGUUCAUGACUGAUAUGAUGAAAUAAAAUAAACACUGGAACUUCUACUCGAACGUCCGUGAGUGCAGCCUAAUAUUGUUUUCUAUUUUUCUAUGAUCAAGCUAAGGCUGGGCACCUAGGAGAUCUUAUUAUCUUAAGCAAAUGUGCAAGGAAGUUUGUAUCAUAUAUAUAUAUAUAUAUAAAAUACAGUUAGCAUCUUAAUAAUAUUCCACAGUUCUUGCUUUAAGUAAAACAAAGUAAUUUAUUUGCCUUUGCUGAACAAUGAGCUGUGACAAAUUGAAAAACAAUAAAUGGUAUAUUUUUGUUUUUGCUAUUUGGUAUUCAAUUCACUAAAUAACAAAUAGACUGUAAAAAAUAAUAAAAAUACUACACAAUAAUUUAAAAUAGUUUUUCAAAUAUUAAAUAAAAGUUCUGAAUAAAUGUUUAAACAUUGUUUUCAGGAAACCCCUCGCUUUCCCCUGUAUCAUGUAUGGUUGUGGUAGCUCUUGCAAUCAUCUCUAUUUUCUCAGAAUGA